UUUUGGUUCCUUAGUAAAGAAAGCAAGGAUUUGAGUGGUCAGAAAAGCUAUGAUGCUAACCAAGAAACUAAAACAUUUUUACCUUAGGUUGAGUGUUUAUCUCAAGGCAUCCUGAUCCCGAGCUGUGAAUUUCCAACAUGCACUCUCAGAGAGGCUAUCAUCAUUGGCAGCAUAUUCACAAAGUGCUCAAUCCCUGUAGUGCAUUCCGGUGCUGCCAUGCUCAAACUGGCAGCGAUUGAGUACAAUGGAUCAUCUUCCUGCGACUCUUACUGGACAAGAAAUACGCCCUGCCCUUCCGUGUUCUGGAUGCCCUGGUCGGCCACUUCCUGUUCUUCCGCAGUGGCACCAAAGUCUGCUCACCAUGGCGCAGCACUACAAGGCCGACCAGGCCUCAGAACAUUAGGAUGCUCUGCUGGAGCUGCUUAAAUUGCAGACACACCCCAGAUUUCUGCAGAGAUCCGUCGGGAGCUGCAGAACUCGGUCCCCGUGAUCUGGAAUCCGCCAUGGCUGUCAGUGGCCUUGGACUGACUGUUACUGUAAAAAUAAACAUUUCGACAUGUUUUUUUAAAAAUAAAUUGUUUGGCUUUUUAAAAAGUAAAAUGUCUUAAGUUGUAUUGCUACCAUCCACAAAAAAAGGCCAGAACCCCCCCCGACUGGUACCCUGGCCUGGCCUACCAGAUGACUCCAAGGUGUGACAGCUCGAGCUGCGUUUGAAAUUCCCAUGGUGCUAGGGGGCGCGAGGGCAUAGCGUUUUGCAUCUAGCUGGAACUCGUAGCUGCCUCUCGCUUCUACACGUUAGAUUUCACAUAUAUAACAUUAGCGAAUUAAAGUCAUGUGAAUGAGAGGAAAGGAACCCGACCUACUAUUUGACGACAAAUGACAUUCUGAAUUUUCAGAAAAUCCAGAACAUUUCUGCUCUGUUAGCUAGCUAUAGUAGCUGAGACGGAGGCAGAGGUAGAAAACUUCGCUAACGCCAAUUAACGUAUUGUGUUUGUUAGCUAAGCUAGCUAACUGAGAGAGACCCUACUAAAAGUUGUCUAAACAACCCUCUAAUGGAGUUGUUGUGUCACGAGGAUGGACGUUUCCAAGCCGCCUCAGAAAGCACAACCGAAUAUAUGAAUUCCGCUGCUCUUCGGGCCAGCUCUGACCCGACCCUGACACGGGACCGUCGAGCAUUGCAGAACCUUCUGUCACUGGAAAAGACCAGUCGGGCCUCACCAUCAUACUUCGGCACGAUUCAGACAGACAUUCAGCCAUAUAUGCGGAGAAUAUUGGCAGUAUGGAUGCUACAGGUUUGCGAGGAGCAGAAGUGUGAGGAAGAGGUGUUUCCUUUGGCCAUCCACUAUCUCGACCGUUACAUGAGUUGCUUCCCUGUUCAAAGGUCCAACCUGCAGCUUUUAGGUGCUGUUUGCAUGUUCCUGGCCUCAAAACUGCGUGAGACAGUACCCCUGAGUGCCAGCAAGCUCUGCAUCUACACUGACAAUGCCAUUACAGUGUCAGAGCUCCUGCAAUGGGAACUUGUGGUGGUGGCAGGGUUAGAGUGGGACCUGGCUUCUGUGUUACCCUCUGACUUCCUGGAGCAAAUCCUUCAUGGCAUACCCAUAAUCCCUCACAACCUCCAUGCCUUGCGCAGGCAUGUCCACUCCUACAUUGCACUGGCAGCCACAGAGUUUAAGUUCUCUGUGUUCCUGCCUUCCACUAUUGCCUGUGCCAGUGUGGGCGCUGCCAUUCAAAGACUGAAGCUCCUGGAAGGAGCUCUAUCCAAUGAUUCACUUAUGCAGUUGCUAGCUAACAUCUUGGCCAUUGAUCUGGAGUCUCUCUGCUGCUGCUCUGACCAGUUGGAGGGUGUGCUGGAGCUCAGCCUGCCCCCCUGCCCCCAGACACCAGGGGCUUGCCGUUCAGGGACACCUGGCCCAGAGGUCAGCUACACCCCCACUGACAUCCAGGACGUACACCUGUCACCACUAGGCUAGAGAUGACACCAAGUAGACAAUCAUUUAAAUGACUGGAGCUUAUUUAUACCAUAAUGAGGCAGGUGUCUUAACUACCCCUAAGACUAUUUUUGGCAGUCACUAAAACAAAUGUACGUGGUAAGAAAAAACAUGUCUUAUAAGCAUUACUGUGUUCACACAUGAUGAAUUGUGGAGAUCUUUUUGAUGUCCAAAGUUUUUUUUGUUUACAUUAGUGUAUUUGAGUUCUUUGUCGUUGCUAUGCUGUUGCUGCUAAGGUUUUUUUUAAGGACGUUUUAAAACUUAAGUUACUGUCGCUAGCUUCAGGGAACACAGUUUCUCACUGCUCUCUGAAGUUACCACGGAGGGGUAUCUUUUUAACUUAAAACAUGCCAUUUGUGAUAUUGCCAGAAGUAUUACGGAAUUUCCAUUUCAAUGUUUGCACUGUGUGAGUUUGCUGAGUGGUGUUCUCUGUGAAUACAUUAUGAAUUA